UCUCAUAGAUCCACCCGCCUCUGCCUCUCCAGUGCUGAGAUUAAAGGUGUGCACCACCAUCCCUGGACUUAAACUUCCCGUUUCUAUCUUUGUUUGUGACGUUGUGACAGAUGUUUAAUGUAAUUGCUGUUUAGGUUGGUUAUUUACUUGUUUGUUUGAGCUACAUUUGAACCUCAUGUAGCUCACACUGGUCUUGAACUUGCUACACGUAGCUACUUGUGGCAUUGUAUGUCUUUAAUCCCAGCACUCAAGAGGCAGAGACAAUGGAAUCUCUGUGUUUGGGGGUAGCCUGAUCUACACAGUGAGUUCCAGGCCAACCAGGGCUACAUAGUGAAACUCUGUCUAAAAUAAGAACAAAGUAAGAAAGCAAAAACAAAAACAAAACCGUCAAGAUGAGGAUAGCAUCUGGGAUUACUUCUUUGAGAUCUUAACACAUGUGAAUGGUGUUUUGUCUGACAUAUGUCUGUGUACCGAUUAUGUGCCCGGCCCACGGAAGCCAGACGCGGGAACUGGAGUUAUAGAUGGUUGUGAGCCAUGGAUGCUGGAAAUUGAACCCGAGUUCUCUUCAAGAGCAGUGUUCUUAACCACGGAGCCGCUCCAGCCCCAAAUGCUGCACCUCUGUUCUUGCAGACUCCCGGACUCGACAACCUCACCGUGGCUCGCAGGAACUACCCAGCCUGCUCUAGCCAGCUUCAGUCGUUCUGGUUCUGGGCUUCUGAGCUGAGCUGGGUCCAGCAAGUACACACGCGGAGGCUCCUCCCAGCCAUGUUUUGAAUUGGCAUGGCUUUCUCUAAUGGGAUGACCCUGGCUAAAGAGAUUAACAGCUGCGUUGUGGAUCCCACUCUUAAUCCGCAGUGUUCCGGCUCUCCCUCCUUGCCUGGGAAGGACGCAGCAGAGACCUAGACAGCUCCCACUACCAUUACUGAGUUAAUGGGGAUCCUAGGCUAGGGAGGCCCCAGAGAUGGGCACCUCCCUGCAGCUUGGGCCCACGGUGCACUUCCUAAGGCCCUGAGUGGUCUAGCCCCUGACCUCACUCGGGUUAGGAGUGGAAGCGGAACUGUGGGAGGCUGCCUGGACCCCACUCGGUAAGCAUGGCGCUGCUCAAAGUCAAGUUUGACCAGAAGAAGCGGGUCAAGCUGGCCCAGGGGCUCUGGCUUAUGAACUGGCUGUCCGUGUUGGCCGGCAUCAUCCUCUUCAGCCUGGGGCUGUUCCUGAAGAUUGAACUCCGCAAGAGGAGCGAAGUGAUGAAUAAUUCUGAAAGCCACUUUGUACCCAACUCCCUGAUCGGGGUCGGGGUGCUGUCCUGUGUCUUCAACUCGCUGGCUGGCAAGAUCUGCUAUGACGCCCUGGACCCUGCCAAGUACGCCAAGUGGAAGCCCUGGCUGAAGUCGUACCUGGCCGUCUGCGUCCUCUUCAACGCCCUCCUCUUCCUCGUGGCUCUCUGUUGCUUUCUGCUGCGGGGCUCCCUGGAGAGCACCCUGGCUUACGGGCUCAAGAAUGGGAUGAAAUACUAUCGGGACACGGACACCCCAGGCAGAUGCUUCAUGAAAAAGACCAUCGACAUGCUUCAAAUCGAGUUCAGGUGCUGCGGCAACAACGGCUUCCGGGACUGGUUCGAGAUCCAGUGGAUCAGUAAUCGCUACCUGGACUUUUCCUCCAAGGAGGUCAAAGACCGGAUCAAGAGCAACGUGGAUGGGCGGUACCUGGUGGAUGGAGUCCCUUUCAGCUGCUGCAACCCCAGCUCGCCACGGCCCUGCAUCCAGUACCAGCUCACCAACAACUCGGCACAUUACAGCUACGACCACCAGACCGAGGAGCUGAACCUCUGGCUGCGGGGCUGCAGGGCCGCCCUGCUGAAUUACUAUAGCAGCCUCAUGAACUCCAUGGGUGUGGUCACACUCCUGGUCUGGCUCUUUGAGGUGAGCAUCACCGCUGGACUCCGAUACCUGCACACAGCGCUGGAGAGCGUGUCCGACCCUGAGGACCCCGAGUGUGAGAGUGAGGGCUGGCUGCUGGAGAAGAGCGUGUCGGAGACCUGGAAGGCCUUUCUGGAGAGCUUCAAGAAGCUAGGCAAGGGUAAUCAGGUGGAGGCCGAGGGCGCCGACGCAGGCCAGGCCCCAGAGGCUGGCUGAUGGCCUGGGGCCUGUCCCCUCCACCACACUUAGCGGACUCCAGGAAAUGUGGAUACCCCCUUGUCCAGCUGAAAGUCCGAAUUUCCCAAGAAAGCUGGGCACCUGCUGACUCUCCUUGACCGUGGGCCUUGAAGUUCAAGGGUCCUUAGAGCAUGUGGCAAACAUUUGUGAAAUGGCUGCCACCAAAUGUGAGUGAAUGAACCCUUCCAGUGGAUGUCCAGUCUCGCAGGGGCCGUCCGUCCGAGUGUGAGUCCAGCUCUCCCACAGGUGACUGGCCACCCCAAGGCCCCUCCCCGGUAGUGCCCGCCUCUUUUAAGUUCUGCCUCCAAACCAUCAUUGAUACAUAAACACAAGGGUGAAAAAACCCAAGGGCCACGUUGUCUUUUCUUUCAUGACAGGAUUAACAAGCUGGUCAUCGUUUCCUUAAUGUUAGAAAGCGGGAGAGGGGCGGCUAUAUUUUUAUAAGGGCAAUGGAGUCCUCCAGAGGGUUACCUCCACAUAGGAAUUCACAGACGUGAAGAGGUGAGGACUUUCCUUUACCAAAAGUGAUUGUCCCCAUCCCUACCCCUCAGUCACUUACUCCAGCUUGAACCAAGGGCUGGCAUGUCCCAGCAUCCCUUCCGCUCACAAAGUGCUGGGUGAGCUGCUGUCUGUGGUUUGUCUGAGAAAGAACAGGGUGAGCUUGCUGUCCUUCUGUGGACGAGCAGCGACACCCAGACAAGAGGCUACCCCUUGGGGACCAGGCCUUACCUCCUGGUGGGCUGGGAACAUGGGCUCCGGCGGCCAUGACAGUCCUUGUGGACUGCACAUGAGGAGGCCAGAGCCUCUGGGAACUUCUGUUUCCCCUCCCGCAAGCCCUGUGGGAAUGCUUCUGUAUCAAGGAAGACUCUUGAAGACAGGCUUUCUUUCCAAACCAGCAUGUUUGGGAAAUUGUCAUUUCUUUUGGGAAAGACAGGCAAGCUCUCCGGGUAAGCAAAGCACGGUUUUGCUGGUGCCCAGGCUGCGGGUGCCAAGAUUGCCACAGGGCCCUGCCGCUGCAGGAGUGCACCGUGUGGCUCGAACCUCUCGGGGACCCGAUCACAGAUGCUGAUACCCAACACAUCUUGGCUCCGGUGCUGUCCUCUGAGUCUCUCAGAGCAAAGGGCGGCCCAGAGGCUGAGGCAGGCACUUGUGGUGAGGACCCUGAGUUUCCCACCAUCCCUCGGGAGGGCUGAGAACCCACUGUGAAAGCUACUUUAGAUCACAUGUCACUAUGCUGUCGACAGUCAUAUUGAGAUAUUAAAAGCUAUAUUGUAUGAAAAUCACUUCUGUGAAGUGACUGUCUCAGUCCGUUCAACAGCACAUAUCACAGGA